UUUAAAUGAACUGGCCACACUGUGCCAUGGUGCUUUCAUAACACAGUCGUGUGUUCGAGUGAAAAUUCGAAAAUUUUAGAUUUUAAGUGAAUUUAGUUGCAUUUCCUGGCAAAAAUGUUGAAACAAGUGUUGAGGACCGGUUACGGAUAUCGACCGUUCAUAACCACGUACAGAAACUUCCUAUCCGAAGCGUAUCUCUGUCGAGAUGCAUGGCAGGCACGUCUCGCCACACCGAUUCUGGCCAAGGUAAACCAUGAAGCGCUCUACUACGAGCUGGAGCAAAAGUUCCAACAAAAGAACAAAGUUUCCGCGAUCGAUAUCGACAUCUACGCCAACAAGCUAGUCGACGAUUCGCACAUCGACGAAGUGGCCGACUUGAUGUACAAAUUCCGCAUGACCGAGGAGGCUUCCAGCGUUCUGCAGUCGACGGCGCAUGCCAUUGCACGGAACUACAUCGAGCACAGUCACUACGGACAGCUGAUCGAGAUGCUGGACAAUAGGAUCGGCUAUGGAGUGUUCCUGGAUGAUUUCACCGCAAACCUAGCGCUGGACCGAUUGGUCACCACGAACGAGUUCAAAUGGGCAGCACGGAUCAGUACGCUGCUGGCACUGCAAGAGGACUUCACCAAUCCCAUUACGCGAUCGCUGGCCACCUACGGUACCUAUCGGUACGUCGAAUCCGGCGAAAAGAUCGAUCAUUUUGAUGAUUUGAUUCCACCUCCCCCACUGGACCCAGCCGAGGUCAAGAAGAAAAAGAAGGACGAGAUCAAGGUUCGGGUGAAGUUCCUGCGGAACGAGUUCUUCGACGAUCACUUCGACCUGCGAGAUUCGAAUCUGCUGCUGGGCAAGACGUUCCACACGUUAGGGCUGAGCCAUGGCCCGGGAGUGGUGGGAGACAGCUGUCGUCUGUUGGGAUUGGUGUUGCACGAAAAAUGGGCUAAAGCUGCUGAAUUGAUGGGUACAAACUUGGAAUUCAACGCCGAUGUUGUCAAGCUGGUGAGGACUUUUGUGGACAAAGUGGAGAACAAGGAGGAUGAAGAGUACAGCAAACUGGUGGAAGCACUUGGCAAGUUUGAGGCCAGUGGUAAGAUGAACAACGCCAGUUUCGAAAAGCUUCUGCUGGAUGAAGUCAACAAGAGUGUGGCCGAGAAUGAACAACGCCAGAUCGCAGAACAAGCUAAGAUCUACAGUGACUGGUGUGACGUCCGCCAGCAGCGGCUGGACGAAGAGCUGGCCCGGUUACAACGGGCCAAGCGCAUCCAGGACAUGGAACAGAUGGCACGCGAAAUGGACCAGGAAGAGCAGAAGCUGUGGUUCUUCGAGAACGAGGACAAGAUCGAUUUGCAGAUCGACAGCAAGAAGGUGUUCUAUCCGAAGCGUUGGUUCGGCAAGAAGAAGAAGCCCCGCGUCGUCGACGAGGGUUACAUUCCGCCGGAGGUUCGCCAACGGCAGGGGCAACAGUAGUCGCUGGGUGGUUCUUUCGCUUUUAAGAGAUAGUAGGCUUGGAAACGUUCAAUAAAGCUCUUGAUGGGCACUUAAGUUUGUGUA